UCUGUCACCAGCAAAAAAAAAAUAUGUUUGAAGAAAGCAAGAAAAAGGAGAACAGAGCUGAUCUACGGUCAGUGCUCACCCUGCUUCCGCCAUCCCCGCCUUUCCCAAUCCAGCAAGGUGCGCUUGGAGUUUUUGGUGCCGGGGCCCCUACCCCUGGAAGAAAGCUCACAGCAGAAAGCUUGCCGUGAGCCCGCACAGUGCAUGUCCACCGCCUUUGGGGCUGGCUGGGCUCAGUCCAGCCCAAAUUCAACAUUUUGGUCAAACCGCCAAACGGGGUGGAGUGUGGAACUGUUCCCUGCCCGUCGUUCGCUACCGCUGCCGUUGUCUUUUGCCAAUUGUCCCGUUGGAUUGGACUGGAUUGGUUUCAAGAAGCAGCUCGUCGUUCGUUUUUGCUGUCGUCUCUAUCGUCUUGCUGUUGGUGAUUGACGGCGUCCUCGUUUUCUUUUAUUUCCCAAUCUGGUGGUGUCCCUUCCUGCCUCUCAACAUUCAACCCCGUCCCGCACCUGCUCUGAGCACCGCGUGGUGACAGCUGGACCGACGACACUCUCGCGCCUCUUGUUCGACCGGCUUCACCGUGCCCAAAACGCCCGACGGACGGCUUGUAUCCAGCCGGCACGGCUCAAGUAAAAGUCGGUGGUCUCGAUCGCGACGAAUCUUCAACAACAUCGUGCUACUCCAUCAGCUCGUCUCCCAGACGGUCAAUUGGCGGUCCGGCCGUCGCUCAGUACACCAUGAGCAACCUCCCGGCCCCUAUUUCUCAAGAUGGCUCCGACCAGCACGAUACCCAAGUCGCCUCUGUUGGCCUGCCGCAGACAGCACCACGGAGUACCGGCAAGCCCAACAGUUUGAACGUGCCCCUAUACAUGCAAAGAAACGGCAACAAAGUGCUUGUUCGUCGACCCAAGCGAAAGGAUGAUGGGGCUCUGAAAGGUCUUGCCCGGUGGUUUGUUGCCAAUCAGAUUGGUCAGUCCCCAUACUUCGUAUCUUGGUCUUUGGAUCUCAAGCUGACUUCCACAGGACUCUCCUGCAAUCUCGUCGCCCUCCUCUUCCUGGCCCACAGCAUGCCCCGCGCGCGCGAGUACACAUCCAAGUUCUUUACGCUCUCGUAUUACAACCAGAAUACAGGGAAAUACUUCCUCGGUGGCGACGAUUGGUACCUCAUCGCUUUCUUCAUCGUGGUGCUGACGGGCUUGAGGGCUGGGAUAAUGGAAUACGUGCUGGCUCCGUUUGCUAGGGCUAAGGGAGUUCAUAAGAAGAAAGACAUUGUAAGAUUCAGCGAACAAGGCUGGUUGUUGGUCUACUAUUCUUUCUUCUGGCCCCUGGGAGUGUACAUCUACCGGACAUCUACCUACUAUCUGAGCCUCCACGAUCUUUGGAAAGAAUGGCCGAAUCGUGAAAUGGAUGGGCUCAUGAAGGCCUACACCCUGGCACAGCUGUCUUUCUACCUGCAGCUACUCAUUGUUAUCAACAUCGAGGAACGCCGCAAGGACCACUGGCAAAUGUUUUCCCACCACAUCGUUACAAGCACCUUGAUUUAUGCUGCUUACAGAGAGGGACACACGCGCGUGGGCAAUCUCAUUCUGGUUCUGAUGGAUGUGGUGGACAUUUUCCUUCCCUUCGCCAAGUGUCUCAAAUACCUGGGUUACAAGACGAUUUGCGAUGUCAUGUUUGCUGUCUUCAUGGUCACAUGGUUCAUCGCGCGACACAUAUUCUUUCCGAUGGCCAUCUACUCCGUCUGGGCUCAUACCCUGAUCUACAUGAACGGCUGCUUCUACGGGCGCGAACUUGACGGACCGCACCCGCCACCCGCCAACGACACCUGGCUUUAUAUUGCGAGGCCGCUCUGGGAUACCGAUGCACCAGUCUGCUUCAACCACAACUUCCGGAACGGAUUCUUCGGCAUGCUGUUUUUCCUCCAGAUUCUGACCGUGAUGUGGUUUUAUCUAAUUAUACGAGUUGCCAUCAAAGUGAUCAAGGGAGGCAGCGCCGAGGACACGCGAAGUGAUGACGAAGCAGAUGAUCUCGAGGAUCCGGAUGAGUAUGUUUACGAGGAGGCGCAGCCGCUUGAGGAGGAAGUUGGCGCAGACGAAAUCGAUCUGAAAAGCUGGGAGAGGAGGGUGGCCCGCGGCAAAAGGUCAACAACGGCAACAGGAGUCAGCUUGCCUGGUCACAGCGACCGUAAGGAACUCCUCGGACGAAUCGGUUGCGAGAAGCAGGUUGACUAAGGUGGCGAUGAUUCUGUUGGUUAUAUUUGCCAAAAAAUACCUUUUUCCUUUUAUAGCGACAAGACCCGGGCAGGAAGACAAUGGUUGCCAAAGCGAAGAAUGCACAGUGGUAUAGACGAGGGCCGGCCCACAAUCACCAACACUACCACUUUGGCUUGAGGGCGAAAGGCAAACUAGGAGGGUACAACUAAUUGUGGGCGUUGGGGAGAUCAUUUUUUGUUUUUCGAAUUGACGGGUUUUCCGAAAUGUCUUUCUCCGUUGCGUAUACAUCGGUGCCUUUAUUUUUUCACUGUCACCGCCUCGCAACCAGCCCCCGCUUCUUUUUUCUUAUUUGGUUGCCCAUUUACUUGCGAGGGGCUGAUUUGUGAGAAAGUGGAAAAGUUGUGAGGUGGUGUUGGGAGUCUACUGUUGCAUGGUUUCGCCAGCUGCUGCUCUGGUUGCUCAAAAAAUGGUGGAGGGGCAGGCAUUGGGAUGGAACGGAUAGGUGGGGAGGGGAAUUGGAACAUACACAAACAAACGAACGAAACGAACCCGAGGCGGGGAAAAAAGAAUACCCUAUUAUACCAGUUUUGUUUUCAUGCGUCGAUUAAUAUUGAAUAGAGAGAGAGCUGAUGGUGUACGGCUUAACAAAGAAUUUGUUAUGUCUGCCUCCUGAUAGUCUGUUCAGGUUGGGGAAAGAUGGCUGUGUUUCAUCUUUAGUCCACAAACAUCCUUUGGUUUGUCACAAGACAGAGAGACGCGGCGAGCAGCACAUUAGUAGUUUUAAUAUCAACAAAUACCCAAUAUUUCCCUUCGCGUCCUGACGUCUCAAUCCGGGCAACUUG